AUAUUAUUGAACCCGACACCUAAAGCAUUUUUUCUUUUUUUUCUUUUUUUUUUCCUCUCUUUCCAGCUUUAAAGUCUAUAUAUGACGGAACAAGGUGACAUCCGUUCAGCAACUAGCUAGAGAAGUAAGACAUGGCAAUUGAAGGUGGUGUUUCGGUGUUGUGCCUGAUGGCCUUAGUGGUGUUUACCAGCACUACAAGCAGUGGAGAAGCAGUGAAACCCAGUCAUUACUCAAUGCCCUUUAACAGAACUAGUUUUCCACCCCAUUUCAUAUUUGGAGCUGGUUCUGCUGCUUACCAGUCUGAAGGAGCCGCUCUCCAAUAUGGAAAGGGACCAAGCGUAUGGGAUACUUUUACUAGAAAUCAUCCAGAAAAGAUUGAGGAUAGAAGCUCAGGGAUUGUAGCUGAUGAUUUUUAUCAUCAUUACAAGGAGGAUAUAAAACUCAUGAAAAAAAUUGGUCUGGACUCCUUCAGAUUCUCCAUAUCAUGGCCCAGGCUAUUACCUACUGGAAAAGUUAAAGGUGGAGUUAACAAACAAGGAAUUCAAUUCUAUAACAACGUCAUCAAUGGGCUCCUUUUUAAUGGAAUAGUGCCCUUUGUGACACUCUUCCAUUGGGAUUUACCACAAGCUCUUGAAGAUGAAUAUGGUGGAUUUCUAAGCCCUAAGAUUGUAGAAGAUUUUAGAGAAUAUGCACAGCUUGCGUUUAAAACAUUUGGAGAUCGGGUCAAGAAUUGGGCCACCCUGAACGAGCCCAGUGCUUAUUGCAUAAAUGGGUAUAAUGGUGGUGCGUCAGCUCCUGGUCGGUGUUCAGACUACGUGGCAAAUUGUACGGCCGGAAACUCUGCCACGGAGCCUUAUAUUGUGGGCCAUCAUCUCCUCCUUGCCCAUGCACAGGCUGUCAAACUGUACAAGCAAAAGUACAAGGCGUCUCAAAAGGGAAAAAUAGGAAUUACAUUAGUUACCAACUGGUAUCAACCAAAAUUCAAAACAGAGUCCAGCCGCAAAGCUGCCUCUAGAGCCUUGGACUUUGUUCUGGGAUGGUUCCUUGAUCCUAUUACAUAUGGUGAUUAUCCGAAAAUCAUGAAAUCGUUGUUGGGAAGUAGGCUGCCCAAAUUCACAAAGGCUUAAUCGGUCGCUCUAAAAAGGUCAAUAGAUUUUCUUGGCGUGAAUUAUUAUACUACCAAUUACGCGGAUGCUGCAACCCCUGCUACUGUCAACCACAGUUUCUUCGUAGAUAUGCAAGCUACUCUCACAG